UUGCACUGCCAGAGAGUCAAAGUUCAAAUCUGAUAUCUAUUUCUAGUCAUGGAAGUAAUACAGCAACAGUCAAGAAAUUAAAUGUACACUACUCUUUGGUUCCAUCCUACUCUGCCAUUGAAUCUAAAGGUUUUAUCAUAAACACCUCCGUGACGUCAUCGGUACUAUCCUUGUCCGAAUAUCGUUUGUCAUCAGACACGACAACAGUGUUUCCCAUGGACAAGCUUUCUACGAACUAUAUCAUAUCAACAGCGACACCGUCGGGUAGCAAUUUAGACACCGGAAGUCAUUUCACUGUUGCUUCAAUGAAAGACAACACUCAUGUCAGUAUAGAGUUUGUAGCUGAUCAUGACACAACGAUACUGCUUCAGGGAAGAAGUUACAAAAGAGGAGACACAUUUAAUAUCAUUUUAAACCGGUUUCAAACUUUCCAAAUCGGACAUAAGGCAGAUAUGACGGGCACUACGAUCCGUUCUUCCAAUCCGGUUGCAGUCUUUGCAGGAAAUAGGUGCAAUACUGUGGGAUACCAUGGGUACUGCAGUAUGCUCAUGGAAAUGGUCCCACCAAUUGAAAAAUUAGACAAUGUAUUCAUCGUACCCCCAAAUAUCCACAGAUUUCAAUCGAAUAUACGCAUUGUGUCGGCAGUGAAAACUGAUAUUAAAUAUAGCACCAAGGAAACAUCUACGAAGACAUUUCUUUUGAAAAAUCGGUUUGCUGAAUUCCUUGUUCGCGAAGACGAAAUAGGUGUCAUAAUUUCUACCAAAUCUGUAUCAGUAAACAGUAUUGCAUUGUCUUCAACCGAGGCUAAAAAAUAUGGCGAUACAUUCAUGGUCACAAUUCCUGGAAUUAAUCAGUAUCUCAACACGUACACCAAUUUCGUGCCUACAGGAUAUAAUUUUAGCUCCGCUACUUUUAUGGUAAAAAAUGAAUCUCUUAGAAAUCUUCAAAUCAACGGAACAAAUAUCAACGUAGAGAGCUGUCUUUUUAACUCCUCUGUUUCAGUAGGAAGGGAUCUUUACAUCGUUUGUACCGUAAGUGUUCCAAGUGGAGCUAUAGACGUACAGACCUCUGAUGGGUCUCGGUUUGGUUUUAUCGUUACUGGUCAACGCAAACACGAUGGUCAUGGUUACACUGGAAACGCACUGUUAACCUCUGACUGUGAGCUAUAA